UUCACAUGGCUCUCCGCCGGAACUGCACACAGCCCCCUUCAAAAUGGGGCCCCCCUCGCCCCCUGAGAGCCCCUCUCCUCACUCUGGAACCAUGCUUUUUCCCCGCGGGAGCCCCCAGGGCUUUGGAACACACACCGCUCCCCGCUCCCGAGGGCCCUUACCUGCUCCCGAGGGUCCCGCUUCCAUCCCAUAUACCCGUGUGGAGGACAGGGGCCGGGAGACUGAGGAGUCCAGCGUGAGGGGCCUAGGUGCCUCGCACUUGCACUGCUCGGGCUCCCGGGCCGGGCUCGGCUCCCCCCCGAAGCCCGGCCGCUCGCGCCGUCGCCCCCGCAGCCUCCGUUGCCGCCGCCGCGGAGCCUGCAGCAGCUCCCCCUGCGAGCGCCGAGUAGCUGCCAGUGCGCAGGCGCGACCGAUGGGCCCAGGGGGCGGACGGGAACGAGUCAAGCGGGGCGCUCGACGGCAACAAAGGCCAAUGGAGAGGGGCGGGGGCGCGGGGCCCACGCAGCGGCCCCUGGCGGCCACCCGAGGCCGUGCAGCCUGGCGGGAGGGCUCCGGUGGCGGAACCGCGCAGUGGCGCCGCGUGCCGGGCGCUGAGACCAUAGAAGUGCUAGAGACCUUGCCUACUCUGGAAGAUGUCACAGUUUCAACUCAAGUGUAGAAACAGAGCUCUCUAUCUGCAGGACCCGGGAAGCACCUGCCUCCACUUUCUCAUCUGCAGCGUUUUCCUCUUACCAAAUCACUUAAAUGACGUUUUGCUAAUUUGGUAAACC